AGUCUUUUAUGUUACAAAUUGAUAUAUUUUAAUGUACAUGUCUUUACAUAACGUCUCAUAGUUGCUUCGUAACAAUGCUGGAAUGUUUUCAGGAUAUUUUCUACGCGAUAGUGCGGACAUUGCUGCGGCCUGUUUCGAACUUAUAAUUACGGUGGGCCAGCCCAAAGAAAGACCGACAAAGCGAUAUCCGUAACGAAGAGGGCCGCUGCACGAGGCGACAUCCCUACUCUCUACAUCUUUCCUGGGACGUCGCCUUUCUCUCGUGUCCAGGGCCCGUGAGAGGCCCCAUUCACAGUCCCCGUCUUUUUGUUUCCCCUCCAUUCGCCCACUUCUACCUUCUCGAGGAACUUCAGCUCACCUGAGCGGCCAUCUUGAACUGUACAGAACUCUAUCCUAGCUUGUCCUCCUUAAGACGUGUUUUUCAUUCGCUCGAGGUGAUCAGCCGCGGCCGUCUCGCGCCCACGAGCCGCUAUGCAAGCCGAUCCAACGGACUAAUCAGUAUAUCACGCAAGUCGCUCGUAGUUCUCGGUCGUUUUGUGAUUCGCCGUCGCUCUACGCUCCAUUAAGUACGUUUCUUUGGGUUCCAUUUGGAACUGCCAACGUUUCUCGCGAAGCAGUUUCGAUCGUCGUGUGUUGUGAACUCGGACGAUCGGCACUUCGGCGCGGAUGUUUCCGUCGGUGUCUUGAGAAGGAAAGCUUCGAUAGAAAGAAGAGGAGCGGAACAGGUACGUUCAACGGAUCUUCUUAGGAUUUUAAUAUUUCCGUCGUCGAGAAUCAAAUUUAAAGAUCAACGUGCCUCUUCUUUUCUCGAAUAACAUCGAGAGUAGCUCCGGAAGAUUAUUUACAAUUUCUUAAACGUAAAUAUGUGACCAAAAAUCGCGCGUUUACAUUCAUAUUUUUGCCUUUUGUUUGGAGUGGAUCGGAAUUCGACCUCGACAGAGACGAAGUAAAAGUCUGAUCUACACGCAAAAUUAACAUUUGAGUUACAGAAUCGAGUAUUUCGCGUUUCAUUCGUUGUUCGAUAUUUCUAUCAGAAUUUUACCUAUCUCUCGUGGGGCGAGGCUAGACCCCGAGGAAACAAUGAAAUGUAUUCUUAUCGGUAAAUGGGCAGUGCAUCAACCCACGAAAGAAAAGGCUAUACCUUCGGAACCAAUCGACGAACGUGUCGGGUGUAAAUGUCACGGGCCUGGCAGCGAUAUAACGUGAGAAUCGAGCGACGCACAGUACUACACGAGUCGCUGCAGAAUCGGUGAUGAGCAGAUUGCGGACUUCAUGCAUUUGUAACGUGUGCUAAUUAUGGAAAGCGUAUGCUAACAUCCAAAGUACGAAUACUUGAACGAAAUAACCACUCGCUACUUGUACUACAUCGAUCUCGCUAUAUCUUAUUUGUAAGUAAACAAGACCUUAUUUAAUAGAACCUAGAAGAAAGAUCGAAACACAAAUAAUUGAAUGUAAUCGAUACGAUUCUCGCGAAGAAAAUAUUUUACGUGCAUUUUGCAUGCGGUUUCCAAAUCAGCAUAUGCCGCAGGUGCAAAAAAAUCUGCAAUCUGGCAACGAGAAGCCGUUAAAGGCCAACGAUUCGCAAAGGAAAGCGACUUCCUCGGGCAUUUUCAGCGCGACAAUAAUAUCGUUGACUCGUACGAUCCGGAACCAGCUGGGCGAACUUAGCGCACGGAAAGAGAGAGGAUUUUUAUCCCAGCUAAAUAGUUCCGAAGCGAGAGCUGUUCUUUGUUCACGAUCCACUCGUGACUGUAAAUAGUUUAUGUAAAUUCUAUUUUUAUCGCGGUGAACUGUCACUUUUAUCGAGAAGGAUUCGGUAAUAUUUACUUCGUAAGAAUAUCAACAGUCCGCGGUCAACAGUUAACGAAAUAACUUCGGUGUGACUCACUGUAGAGCGACGCACGUUUGUAUAUCGAUUACUGGCUUUGUUGAUAGCACGCAGAUGUUCGAUAAAUGCAUGUGACAUUUGUAUAGAAACGCUAUAGAAGUAUCCCGAUCCAAUCGUGUUCGAGGGUCUUAGAAGCGCUUAUUGAUCAAACGAUAUCGUCCGUUUAGGAAAAUGGGUUCCAAGAUAGAGUACGUGGAGUCCUCUCACAUGUACGCGACGAAUUACAUUCGUAAUUCAAAGGCGAUCGGUGUCCUGUGGGGUAUCUUCACCAUAUGCUACGCCAUAAUUGGAGUCGUGGCUUUUGUCACGCCGGAGUGGCUGGGUGACCUAGAGCACGAGAAUCCUGGGAGGUUUGGCCUGUGGACCAGGUGCAGCUACGGCGGAAACGGCGAAUUAGGAGAAGAAUGCAUCGGCAGAUUGGACGACUUGUCGACGAUCGUCAACAUUCCCUUCAAGGUGAGCACGAUCUUGGUCGGGAUCGCUGUGAUAAUCGCUCUCUUGACGAUCUGCGCGAUGCUCCUGUUCUUCUUCUGUCAGAGCACAACUGUCUUCUACCUGUGUGCCUGGAUGCAAGUGGUCUCAGCGAUAUCCAUGGCCAUCGGAGUCUGCAUAUAUCCGAUGGGAUGGGACUCGCAGUUAAUUCGAGCCGUCUGCGGUGCAGCCGCUUCCAGAUAUAAUCCGGGAGCCUGCGCCGUUAGAUGGGCGAUACCGUUAGCGGCAAUCGCCGCUUUGGAUGCUGCCACCCUCGCCGCGCUUGCUUUUAUUUUGGCGUCCAGGCACGUUCGACUGCAACCGGAGCCUUUUACCAAUGGUUCCCUGUACAAAGGUGAAGUGAAUCCCGGAUACGUGAACGAAGCACAGAGCGUCGCUGGAUCGAGGAAGUCCCUGUCCCUGAGACCUGUCCUGUUGGUCGCUCCGCCGGAACAGGACCGGUACAGCGAACUCUCCAGAGCGAAGUCCCACUCGCAUCACAGUCUUUACACGCCUGCCCCGUCGCAUCCGGCGCACACGAUGUCAACGAACACCUUGAAUCAUUCUCAACACAAUUUUCAAUUAUAGAACGACCCGGAAACGAGGAUACAUUGUACAUAGGCCACCUUGUCCUCGUUGCUAACGCUAUAAACGAUUCGUGAAUACGUUUUACUCCCGGGUAACUGCGAAAGAAACGAAGAGAAAAGAAGUAUUGUACAUAAUCGAAGUUUAGAAUUAUCCUUCAUGUAUCAACGUUUCUAGUUUUUAAACAAUUUUGUACGAAAUUAUAUCGUCCGCUGACACUUUUGCGUCUUGUACAUACGUUUACUUAACUCGUUAACUUUGUAUCUGUGAUACAAGGUGAUCUUAAUCGUUAAUAUUAUCCUGUAUAUGCUAUAUAUAUAUAUGUAUACUUUCUUAUUCCUAAUAAGUCGCUAAUGUCAAUUUCUUUUUUAUGAAACUCGUAACGAUUAAUGCAUUCCUUUUCUUUUUCUUUUUUUCAUCUUUUUUUUAUUAUAAAUAUGUAACAUAGAGCAUUAUUUUACAGAACGAGAGUAGUCUUACACGAUAAACGAAAGAAAGUAUGUACGUAUCGGCGAAUAAAGACGCAGAAAAAAGAAAAAGCGGGGAAGCGCGAUAACUUGCGUUCCUGUACAAAUCACGUUUUCUGUUCCAAUAAAGCGAAAUCGAAAGCCGA